CAGGCCCAAAGCUGUGCUCAGCAGGUGCCUGAGCAAAAAGCAGCAAGUUUACCAGCAGGAACUGGUGAGCCUUUAAAGAUGUGGAAAGCAGUUGUGGGACACGACGUGUCGGUGAAGGUGGAGGCUGAGGGAGACGACUGGGACACGGACCCCGAUUUCGUGAACGACAUCUCCGAGCGGGAGCAGCGCUGGGGAGCCAAAACCAUUGAGGGCUCAGGCCGGGCCGAGCACAUUGACAUCCAUCAGCUCAGGAACAAGGUAUCAGAGGAACACGAGGUCAUCAAGAAGAAGGAGCUGGAGACUGGCCCCAAGGCAUCCUAUGGCUAUGGGGGCAAAUUUGGAACGGAGCGAGACCGAAUGGAUAAGUGCGCAGUGGGACACGAGUACGUUGCUGAUGUUGGGAAGCACUCCUCGCAGACAGAUGCAGCCCAGGGCUUUGGUGGCAAGUUUGGCGUCCAGCGGGACCGAGCCGAUAAGUCAGCAGUGGGCUUUGAAUACAAGAGUGAGGUGGAGAAGCACUCGUCCCAGAAAGAUUACUCCAAGGGCUUUGGUGGCCGUUACGGAGUGGAAAGGGAUAAGGUGGACAAAGCAGCUGUGGGAUUUGACUACAAGAGCCAGGCAGAGAAGCAUGACUCUCAGAAAGACUAUUCUGUGGGCUUUGGUGGGAAGUUUGGGGUCCAGAGGGAUCGCCAGGACAAGAAUGCCCUUGGCUGGGACCAUCAGGAAGAAGUGCAGCCCCAUGCAUCCCAAAGAGACUAUGCCAAGGGAUUUGGAGGCCGUUUUGGGGUCCAGAAGGAUAGAGUGGAUAAGAGUGCUGCUGGCUUUGAUGAGAUGGCAGCUCCCACCUCCUCCUAUGAGAAAACAAGACCCCUGGAGACAGGAGCCUGCAGUGGCGCCAGCAGCCUGCGGCUGCGGUUUGAGCACAUGGCGCAGUCGGCAGAGGAGGAGAGCAGGAGGCAGGCCCAGGAGGAGAGCAGGAGGCGGGAGCACCGGCGGGUUCAGGAAAUCCCUCCCAGAGAGAAGGAGCCCGCUGGGACUGGGGCAGCCCCUGCAGCCAUGCCAGCAGGGGCACCCAGGGGCGCUGCUGGGGACCAGCCCAUGUCACCAGGAGAGCAGGACCCCAAUAGGGAGGAUGAAGAAGUACCACCCACUUUGCCACCAAGGCCAGCAGAUCUGGACGCAGAGCUGUGCAAGGUCCCCAGCCAGGCUCAGCCCACCUACAAUGAAAGUUUGGAUGUUGGUGGGGACUAUGAGGAGCUGCCAGAGCCCUCUGACUACUGUGACAGCACCAGUGGAGGUGCUGAGUAUGAGGAGCUGCCAGCCCCGCUGGGGAAUCUGGAUGCCACCUACGACUUUGGAGGAGAUGGAGGUGAAGACUACGAGGUGAUCCUUCCUCAGGAGCCCAGAGAGAGCCAUCCCCACCUGGGGAGUGCGGCCCACGGCCCCGAGGGGCAGAGCCCUGGGAUGUGCGCGGUGGCUCUCUAUGAUUACCAAGGAGAUGGAGAUGAUGAGAUUUCUUUUGAUCCUGAUGACACGAUCACGCACAUUGAGAUGGUGGAUGAAGGCUGGUGGCGGGGACAGUGCCAUGGCAGAGUCGGCCUCUUCCCAGCAAAUUAUGUGAAGCUUCUGCAAUGAAAUUAGCACAGUGCAAGCUGCUUCCCUCCCAACUUCUGCCUCUGUCAUGGUUUGACACUGGCCAAAUGCCAGACACCCACAAAAGUCACUCAUCCACCCUCCUCUGCCACAACUUUGCAGAGGAGAGAAAAAUUUAAUGAAGGCUUUGUGAGGAUUGGGAGAAAACACUCCAAGGGCAAAAUAGGCUUGACUUAGAGGUACAAAGUGAAUUUAUUACUAACAGAGCCAGAGGAGGAUAAUGAGAAUAAAAGAAGCCCUUAAAA